AGAUCACGCCAAUCCCGCCGUCGCCGUGCAGACGUCGCCUGCUGAGUGUGCCGCUGCGUGAGUUGAUGCGCCGCGGUGCGGCGACCGUCCAUGGUGGGGUUUGCACCUCGCGCGCCUGUACCACGGAAACGCGGUUACUGCAUAUAUCAUCUAACUUCGAAGCACCCAGAGCUGACAGAGAGCUGGGUCGAACUCGCCAAACUGCGAUCACCAGGGAGGCGACUUGCCUCGCCUGCUGUGGCAGUCGACCUCAACUGGCUUAAGGAGUUCUUCUCCUACCUUCCUCCGGGAGCUCGGCCUGACCUCCUUGCCGUGCACGUGUACACCACCACUUUUGAGUCGCUGCGCGACAAGCUUGAGGAGUACUACCGGGAGUUUGGGCUGCCCAUCAUUCUCACGGAGUUUGCCAUGACAAGCUUCGAUCCUAAUGUCCCACCUCCCCAUGACAUGCAGCAGGUGCACAACUUUAUGGGACAAGCAACCAAAUGGCUGGACGAGACGCCGUGGAUCGAGCGGUAUGCCUGGUUCGGAGCGGUCCGCAAUAGCUACCACCUUCAUGGCGUACACGAGCUAAACCGUCUGAUGGAUGCGGUCGGCAAUGUCACGGCCUUGGGCCGUCAAUACAUCGCCGGUGGCCAUGAUUAG